AUGCGCGCUUCUAUUGCCCCCGUCAUUCUCCUCGUUUCUCUGGCGUCUGCUCUCCCCCAGCAGCAGCAGCAGCAGAACCUGUGUAGUGUUGCAUCAUGUACUUCUGUAUGGACUGCAGCUAAACGCGAGAUCGCUCCUCCUACACCUACACCCACACCCACACCCGAUCCCGAACCACCACGCCAAGCCAACGACGACACAGCCAUUCUCAACGCACUGGCCGGCACCUACUCCCUCGUAAACACUUCCAGCACCCUCAAUGGAGUCUCCAUCCCGGAUCUCCCCUACGGCGAAGCCCCAGUCGGCCUCCUCAUCUACACAGCCACAGGUUUCAUGAGCGCAACCAUCACCGCCACAGAGCCAGAGUUUCGCCCUAACCUCACUUUUCCUUACCAAGCCAAUGACACAGACGCCGACUGGGCGCAAGUCGGCAAGCACAGUAUCGGGUAUGCUGGACCUUUCCGUGUCAACGACGAGCUUCCUGCUACCGAGACUGAGGGCCAGAUUUUCCAUGGUCCGUUGACGGUGGCUAAUGUGCCAACGUGGGUCGGACAGAAUCAUAGGAGGAAUUACACAGUAGUCGAGGUGGAGGAAGAAGGGGAGAUGGUCAAGUAUUUGAGGAUUGGAAGUGAACGUGGGGGAGGGUAUAGGGGUGUGCUUUGGUGGAAGAGGCUUGCUUAA